AUGCUGGGGUGCGUCAUAGCUCAACACUAUAACCUAAGACCAGAAAACAAUAUGGAAAAAUCUGGACCUUGCGAAAAAGACCUAGGCUCAGAGCUUGGAGCUGCAAGCCUCAAUGCCGAUACCUUUGAUCUUGAAGCUCAAAAAGAUUAUACUGUCAACGAAAACAGCUAUUUGAGCUUAGAAAUGUGUGACAUGCCAGCUAUUGCGAUCGGCCAAAGAAAAAUUGAAAAUAUUGUAUAA